GCUUCAUUCUCUCGCUUCUCUCUUCCAGUAAACAGACCACAGGAUCACAGGCUGUGUUAUAUACUGCAAUGAACCCAAGGGAACUAGAUCCAACUGGAAACAUAUUACCUAUUGUGUCUCCCCUCAACUCACCCUCUUUGUCCUCAGCAAGACUCUCCCCAAGUCUUAUCCCUCUUUCUCCUUCCCCUUCCCGUCUUUCACCAUGUCCAGUUACCUCAGGCUCUUCUCCCUCCCAUCUCUCACCAUUAUCCACUUCUCCUUCUCGUCUCAGUCCAUCUUCUCACUUUAUUUCAUCGUACUCUCCUGUUCGUCUGUCUCCCUGUCCUACUUGUGACCCAUCUACCUCACCCACUAGAGUGUCCCCCUGUCCCGUACCUCUUUCCCCCUCUGUUGUCUUAAAAAAGCCCAUCCAUAUUUCCUCCUUCAGUCAAACCGGGCAAAGCUUGGAACAUCAGAACCUGACUGAUAGUUCUCCACAAAGCAUCAUCAAUACAGUGGAUACAUCCCUAAAUUCACCACAACUGAAGUCAGCCAAGACUACUUCUCAAUUAGACACAACAAUUAGAGUGCUACCAACUGACGAAAACAAACCAUUACAUUCUGCUAAUAUGCGUGGUAAAGCAAGGCCAGUAGAAAACAAAAUGUCUAGAUUCAUGCCCAUUUUAUCCACUGAGAGAAGUGUGAGAUCAAUCCCCAUAUCCAACACGAGGGGUCAAAAAAAGCAAACUGGCCUACAACAAGAUCCAUUCAGACCUCCACAGCAGGAUAAACUAAAGCAAAAUUCGAACAUCUGUUGCAGGGGAGUUACCAAGUCUUCAAUGUCUGAAAGCUUAAGCCCUAAAAACCUCAGACAUGUUGAAAAAAGUGCAUUCAGACCACAAAAUUUAGCUAGCUAUCAAAAGAAACGCCAAUCCCAAGACCCUACUCUAGUUCGAAUCCGGCUUGGAUUGAUUAAAACAGGCAGGAUUAUAAACUCUGGUGCCCAGUUUUCUAAUCUGGAGAAGAUCAAGAAAAGCAGUGAAGGGAACAACCCAAAAAUUCAGAGCGAUGGACAUCCUGCUGUUUCGGAGAAGUUAAAACAACCUGUUCGUUCAAAGAUAAUGUUAGGGGCAGCCAAGCAGAUAAUAAGACCCACCAUGAUGUGUGAGAGGAGCUGUGAGAAACCUCAAAACCACCCACAAGUUUCAGCUGAAAGAACAAGACAACUCUCCACACAGUCAGCACUUACAAAUCCAAUCUCAUCACCUAAAAGUAUCACAAACCAAAAGGAUAUUUUUCAAGAACUGGACAAUGUAAGUUCUCCAAAGGAAUACAGUGUACUGGUUUCACCCAACUCAGAGCUUCAAGACAGAGCUUCAGAGGACUGUAAUGCAACCAAUGAUCGUUCUCAUGAAAGUAAUAUGAUGAUGAACUCUUCCCAACAGAAUCAAACCAGUGCUAAUGACAACCAAGAGUCUAAACCAAAGAUCAGGCCUCAGUCUGCAGCUUCUGAAACAGACACCGCUGUCAUCACAUCCCGCUACAGUAAAACAUCAGUCAGCUCUUUGGGAUCAUGCAACAUAAACACUGGUGAUUAA